GCAGCUGUCUGCGCCGCUAGUCCGCCGUCCUCCCAGCCGCCCGCCAUGGCUCGCGCGGGGGCCUCCUCCUCCUCCCCGCCACCGCCGCCACAGCCUCCCUUGCCUCUCACUCGGGAGGCGGCCGAGGAGGAGGAGGAGGAGGAGGGGGGGGAGGAAGACGACGGCGAAGAAGACGGAGAGGAGGAGGAGGAGGAGGAGGAAGAUCCCCCAGCCCGGGCUCUCAUGCCACGCUCCUCCCCGGUGCCCAGGCCUCAGCACCCCAGCGCCCCAGAGAACUGCUCUUCGUCAGAGGACGACGGGGAGGAUGACGGGCACCACCAGCACUUGGCCAGGCCACUUUCUCAGCAUCCCCCAGGCCUGCCUGGGCCACCUUCCCAGCAUGCAGUGCAGGACAGCCGAGGGCUCCCCUCCCAGCAUGCUCAAGGGCACCCUGGACUGUUUUCCCAACAUGCCACUGCAGCUGCCACCCCCAUGGAGGAGCCCUGUCAGCACACCGCAGGCCGGCAUGUGCUGUUUGCUGAUGCCUUGGGCCUGCCCUUGGCACGCUGGCGGCGCUACCAGCCUUGGCCACCGCCUUCGCCAGAGUCUCCCCCUGAGGUGGUGCCUUUCUUGGCCUCCCUCCCUCCCUCCCCAAGUACCCCCUACCUUUUGCCAUCCUUUGUGUUGCAACCAGUGGGGCAAGAUGAGGAUGAGAAGCUUGAACGGCUGCGCCAGGCCAAGGUAGAAUUGGAAGAAGUUUUGCCACCACAGCCUGGAGAGCCACGAGUCCUUCGUGGUACUGUGCGUGUGCUCAACGUUUCUUACCACAAGGCUGUGCAUGUGCGGGCCAGCAAAGACCGGUGGCAAAGUCACCGGGAUUACCCUGCCCUCUAUAUUUCAGGGGGCUCACCAGAUGGAGGCCUGACUGACCGCUUUGCCUUCUGCCUGGAGUUUGGUGAUGAGGAUGAGGAAGAUGAGGAAGGAGGAGGAGCCCAGCUUGAUUUUGUGGUGCGCUAUCAGACCGAAGAAGGAGUUUACUGGGCCAAUAACCAGGGCAAGAAUUAUAGUGUGGUACUGAAGGGGGCAGCGGCUACCCAAGUUCUACCCACGAGGUCUUCUAAAGAAGGUGAAUCACGUCGGCUCAAGAGCUGUAUGAGGCCAGUCAAAAUCAGGUCAGGUGAAAAUGAGCUGCAAAUAGAAGACAUAGCUCAGUAUAUUUAUUCUGAAGAAACAAGUGUUGAAGGAAAUCUAUCCAAGGAAUUUCCAAACUCUUCUGUGACUCAGCCUUCAACUCCAAUAAAACAGAUUCCAGAACUCACAAUCACUACUGACUCACCAGAAAAGAAGGACCCUUCUAAAGAUCAUCUCGUAGAUUUUACUGAUUCCCCACAGGGACAUGCUAUCAGGGUCCACACUACAUCUCAUGAGGAGCUGAAAGUGCCAUGGGGUUUCAUGCUAGGUGCUGAACCCCAUCCCUUGGGACAGUGGGAUGCUCCUGAAUUCAGCAAGUGUGACCUCACCACAGAGGGAUCUUUCAUGGAAGAAUGCAUGGAGGAACAGUUGAGAAGAUACCAAGAGCUGCCCCAUCGCUUGGAGGAAGAUGCCAUAGAUCGAGAACUGGAACAGCUUUACUUGUCCCAUCUGAGCCGGCUUCGAGCAGAGGAGCUUGGAGGAAGAGGAGACUGGUCUGAAGAGAGCUCAGGCAGCAACACCAGUCCUGUACCAUCUCUCAUUGCAUUGCGACAGAGUGUCUUGACUGAUCGUGACCUGAUAGUCAACUGGACAGGCCCAGAGAGAGCACUCAACAGUUCCCUGGCAAAAGAGAUCACACUGUACUAUGCUAAGCAACGGGAUGAUGACUCCAGAGAUAGUGAGGAGGAGGGAAUUAUGGCAGGAUAUGCAACACAGGGACCGCCUGAGGUGGUGGGACCAGGCCGUGAUAGCCCACCAGUCUUACUAGAAGGCUGCUUUCUAAAUCAUCUGGAAGAGGGAAAUGUCCAACAGAGUCCAAUGAAGGACUCUGACCCCUUUCCCAGCUUGAGAGUGGUGGCACCUAACACCUUGAGGCCAGUAAUUCCAGAGGCUAUGGUGAUGCCCCUUGUAGUUCCAGCCCGGACACUAGUGCCCCUACCAAAGCGGCCCACAGACCUGCCAUCCAGCCCUCUUGAUGCCCAUGGACAAGGCAAGAGCCAGGGCUUCUUGAUAGGGCAUGGCAGCCUCUGGCUGGGUGAGGGCCUUCAUGUCCACAAGCCCCCUGAAACCAGUCCUGUUCCUCAUAAUGAACUUGAAAAGAUCUUGACACGCUCCCUGCGGUUCCUCAGCCUCUUUGUCUUCCUUCCCGUGGUUUUCAACAGCUGCAUGCCUUUGGUGGCCGUUACACUUUACCUCCUUUUGGAUUGGUUCUCAUAAUUGGUAUGGCUCUCAGAAGUGCCAAAGGCUCAUGAGAAGAUCUGUAACUUGGCUCUAUUCCCAUUUCACCUGAUCAACUAAAAAAUUGGCAAUAGUGUCAGAUCUUUUAGAGUUAAUGGCAUAUCCAUUCUAAAUUUCCCAAGGUUCAGAACUAUUUAUUUUUAUUAAAUCAUCUUGGACAAUAAAAAUGAGCUAUAUGUGAAACUUGCCAUGAAUUGGAUCUGAGGUAGCAUUUGUGGGUGACAGAGGGCUCAAAGCCCCAAUAGCCCUCCCACUCUCCCUUUGCACAGUUUAUUCAAGAAGGUUAGAAGCAACAGCAUUGUCCAUCCUGUCAUUUUCAACUAUAGAGAGGCAACUAAGUAUGCCUUUUCUGAACGGCCUCAAAUCCUACUCAAAGAGCCAGAAUAAUAUUUCCCUUUUCCAUCUUUAAAAACAAAAUCCCUUGUUAUGAUUUAGUAAUCUUAACAAAUCAAACAUGUACAUUUCUAGGGGGAAAAGUCAAAAUGGCCCAUGUAAAAUUGAAGAUAGAAUGUUUUAUUUAAGUUCUUUAUGCCCAUUCUCUAUAUAUUAGUGCAAAGUUUGGUAACUAAAUUCCUAGUAAGAUUGAGGAGCCUCUGGUUUUAUUAUAUUACAAAGUACCAACCUGUUCUGUGUAAGAUUUGGAGAAAUCAACCAGCUAGCUCAGUUUCUAUCUUGCUUUUCUCAUGGCAAGUACAAAUGAUUACUAAUUAAGUGAAUUCUGCAUUAACAAACAAACAAACCCAUUGAGUUAAAAAUGACCCCACACCUAGUGCUAAUCUGUUGUAGAGGUUCCUUUGGCUCUUUGGGAAAGAAUGCAGGCUUAGACCUGAAUAUACUACCCUGUGACAUAGCAGUCUAUCAAUGUGAAAAAGACUAAUUAAUAGAUGACCCCUAAUCCCCAUUUAUUUUUACAAGGCUGGGAAAUUGUAAAUAUGUUUUGAAAAUAUCAUGAAGCACUUUCUUUCAGAAUGUUCUCCUGUGCCAGCCUCGAAGUGAAUUUAACAAGAAAAGUCCAAAGGCAAAAUAGCACUUUUGUUAAGCACCUGAUUUCAGAAGGAUUUGUGCAAUCCUGGAUUGUGCUCCACGUUUCUGUAAUUUCCCAUUAUUUGAAUGAAACAGGGAGACAGACAGAAGUUUUCCAUUCCAAAGAAGAUGGCAGCAUUUUCAGUUCUUUGCCCGCACAGCUUCUGCAAAAUACAAUCACAACCAUUCCAGAUAUGGCCUCAACAAUCGCACAGCCAAGUUCCAUUCAUGCCCCUAUACCCAGCUUCUUAGGAAGAAACUUUGGACUGCUGGCUGUCUGUGCUUCUGGGACCCCUUUUCACUCCUGGAUCCUACACUUCUCUGCCACUGGCAGGGUCCAACAUACAGGACUACAGGAAAGUUCCCUAAAACAGAUGGCCCCGUAUUUAUUUUUGUACCUGGUGGGAAGGCUGAUUUUUUCUACCGUAGAAUUCAUCCCAAUAUAGAAAUUUUAUUUAUUAACAACUAGCAGUACAAACCCAGGCAGGUGGGUUUGCAGAAGAUUAAAAUAAUUUAUAUAUAUAUAUAUAUGUUUGAUGUCUGCAGCAAAGGAGUAGAUUGGAAACACCCUGUGUCUUCAUGUGCAAUAGGUUGAAAUGGCACUGAACUUGCUGUAAGAAGAAAGCCCACCCGCUUUCAUGCUGCUAAAUGUUUUUCAUUAACUUCCUCUUGAAUGUUGUACUGUCAGCAGCUGCUGUGAUAUAGCUUUGUGGGGCCUUGUGGAGGAAGUGGAGAUGAUUUGUAUGGGUUCUGAAGCCACUUCUGUCUGCAGAUCCAGACAUGGUCCUGCUUUCCCCAUCCAUUGGUGAAUGCUCUUAAUUAAGGAACGUAGGGAGGUUUGGAAAGUGGAAUACUGUUUGUGCUUCAUGAAGAGAGAUCUGUCCUGACAUCAGUCAUCUUACGAAAAACCUGUAUUUUCCAGAUAAAAGCUGAGAUCAGAAUGUAAUUAGCAGUCACGGCUAUGUGUGUGUGUCUGUGUGUCUGUUUGUCUGUGUGUGUGUGUGUGUGUGUGUGAGAGAGAGAGAGAGAGAAUGAAUGAAUAAGUACACAUACUUUUCUUAAUUCUCCCACGGUUAACAUUAUUUGAUGUCCUACUAUUGUUCCUUCUGCCUUAUUCAAACUGUCAGAUCCUUCAUCAGACAAAUAUGUCUUAUACAUGUUCCACACCACAUAAGUUCUGAAAAUUAUUUGGUACCUCCACUUGGCUACAAAGCAAGCAUUGAUUAUACUUCACAUGUCUAUAGAAACACUGGUCAAAGCCAAAAUCUUCAUAAGUGAGCAGGGUGCCUGUGGUGGCAGAUUGCUGAAUAACAUUAAGGACUACACAGUGGGACAUAAACAUAUAUAAUGGAGUAUUACUCUUCAGAGAGUUCUUCUGCACAACUUGUAUUGAAAUGCAAAAUAUCUGCUUAAAACAUUCCUGUGUUUUUGCACAGCUCCUGGCCAUAUAAGUUAACAUAUGCAGGAGAAUUUAUGUGCGGAAUGUCUUUAUGUUAAUUAAUAAGUGGUUUCUAUGGACUUGGGGAUAUCCAAUUUCAAAGUACUUUGGAUUAGGUCUUGUAAAACUAGGCUUAUUUUAGUGCUUUUACUUUAUAUUGUUUUUGUUAACUUUCAGCAUUCAGCUGGCCAAAUUAGAGUACAGUUAUUUCAAGGUACUCUAUCUGCAUAUUGGAAGCUAGCAUUUGUUGCAAGAAAGCUAUACUAGAUUCUUCCUUACGUGUACUUUAUUUUUAAAUGAAGUGUGUUCAGUAAUAUGAACCUCUACUUUAAGUUCAGUGUUGUUUACUUUAAACAUAGUAUCAAUUAGAGCUAGAUUUCAGGCUGUUAUAAAGAAAACCACCUCUAUAACCACCGCUGUGUAUCUGCAUUAAUGUAUACAUCUUUGCUCUCACUGGAUCCUGUAUACUAAUUCUCCACCAACAUUAUUAUAGGAAAAUCAGUGGCUUCUCUUCUCUGAGCAGCAAUAAUAAAAUGUAAUUCAGAGGAAGUAAGAAGUUUGGGUAAUUUUUAUACUUAAUGUUGAAACUAAAUAGAUGUAAGAGUGCACAAAUAUAAUUGUAUGCAACAGGUUAGCAUGUGUAAUAAUUACAGCUACUCUUUAUAAUAAAUUAACAAGUUACCCAUUUUUUCUGGGUCAUGAAAAAUACAAGCCAGAAAAAACUAGGAGAGCCAAGUUCGUAACUCCUUCCAUUUAUGUACAGACCCUCAUUAUAUUUACAAUGUUAUAUUUGCAAAAAUCCAGCUAAUUUUCAGAACAACAUUAUACUCUGAUAGUACACUAGAGCAAGAACAAAAAUGAAUUCUAUGACAUCCUAAAGACUUACAUUUAAUAUAGCAUAGAUUUUUGUGGAUAAUAGUCUACAUUGUUAUAUCCAGAGUAGAGAGAGGAAUACUAUAUGUGCACAGCCACUUGGAAGAUUAGAUUAAUGGAGAUGGUAGAAAAAAAAGUCAGAAACAUCGAAAGCUAUCUCUAGAUCCUGACCAAUAGUUCAGAAAUCAGUAAUUUAACAAAAAAAUCAAGUGUUUUCUUAUUACACUGUUAAAUCAGCCCAUCAGUGUAAGAAUAACUGCCAUGUUCAAGAGUUUUGUUAAUGGUCAAAGAGUGAUUUAUUUAUAUUUUAUUUGCAAAGUUAAAUUAGCUGAAGGUAGUUACUCAAGCUAAACCAUAUUGCUUAGACUUUGGAAUUAUUUAAAAAUGGUCAGAUAGAUCAGGGAUGUCAAACUUAAUUUCAUUGAGGGCCACAUCAGUGUUGUAUUUGACCUUGGGGGACCGGGGAGCAUGGCCAUCUCAACAUCACUUAUUUUGGGGGAGUCUGUGGUGGCCUGAGAAUUCUGCCAGCAAAAAUGGGCUCCCGAGCUCUGUUUUUGCUGGCAGAGGCACUGCGGGCCAGUCCUUUGCUGUCCUUUCCAGAUAUAAGCACCCCGGAUCUGCCCCCCCCCCAGCCUUGAGUUUGACACCCCUGAGAUAGAUGGAAGCGAUAGCCCAGAUGUCUAAUUUAUUAUGGUUGAGAGGGUGAUUUAUUUGAUCUUUUCUGUGGCUAGCUUUUUAGGCUGUGCUGACCUCUUGUAGGUUAGCAGCUGGUUCUGUCCAGUAAUCUUAUCUUGAUGCAAGUUGGCUUAUGCAUGCAGAAUGCAUUGUGGAGAUUUCACAUUGGCCACUGGUAUUUAUGGCUUUGUGCAUAAGAGAUUUCUUAUGGAUCCAUGCAAUUGGGGGCGGGGGCGGGGAGCUGUGCAGGUUGAAUUAGUAUCAAGCUAUGGAUUUAUGAAUGAGAAGUCAUGCUUGUUCAGCCCUUGAAACGUAGCUUGCUAGAGAACACUAAAGAGAAUUAACAGUAGUACAUUUGUCCCUGAUUUAAAAGCAACAACUCUGCAUUCUUUCUUCAAUUUUGCAAUCACCCCAUGGUGUGGAAUUAGAUUACAAUCCCAGAAGCCUUAUUUGUUUUAAGCAGCCUUCCCCCAAGAUAGAGCCCUCUAGAUGUCUUGGACUCCAUCUCCUAGAUUGAGGCUGCCGCCUUUGAUCAUGUUCCUCAGCCAGGUCUCUUGCUAUGGAAAAAGAUCUGUGCAUGGCAGACUAUAGGGAGCAUGGCAGGGAAUCUUAAAUAUCUGCUACUGUAGAGCAAGGAAUUGGAUGGGACUUAUGUGUGCGUGUGUGGGUGUGUUUAUAUGUGUAUGUGUGUACAUCCUUUUGAGCUGUGCCUGCUUCAGAAGCACUAAUAAACAUCCUGACUAUAUAUAGCACUUGUGUCCUUGGGAAUUUUUUGGAAACUGCAACAAAUGAAUUAGGGUAACUGCUACCUGCCCUCCUGUGAUUAUUUGGAAGCCUCAGCCCCCCAAGUAUUUGCUUCCAUAUUCCCCCUUUCCUUCUUUGAUUCAAUUAAUGACCCAAGAAUACUAUUUCAAGAGGCUGUUCUUCCCCAAUAGAUAAUAUGAACUGAAAUCUAAAUUAUUUAACUUGUCAUUAUCAGCAAAAAGAUGCCUAAAAGUUGGUAGUCCUCAGUCAUUUUAUCUCUGCCCCAAUUCUGACAUUCUAGUUCAAGCCAGGGCAGGAAACUUGGCCCCCCCCCCCCAGUGUUGCUGAAUAUAGUUAACGUGGCCAGUAAUAAAGGAUGCUGGGAUUCAGUGACACUUGAAACUCAUGAAUUUCAGGAGAAAAAUAGAGAAAUCUGGUAAUUGGUAAUAUAGUACAAUUCCAUAUGCCUGAAAAUGCCUAGUUUCUGGUUUAAACUGACUCUUGCAAAAAGCAUUAAAAUUGGCUUAAGAAAGAAGUGUUUAGUAAUAUCUGAGAACUUGACAAUCUGUUCAAUAAAGU